CUUAUUUUCAUUCGUGCAGCUUAUGGUGUAUAUAUUCCCUCACAAACACAAACUCCCUUUUCCAUUUCCAAUCCCUGGAUGGGAACCGGACACGAACCCUUGGGACGAAUCUCUGUACCCCCCCUUCAAACAACAGCUGAAUCGCAGACAUGACAAACCACCGAGGGUGCGCCUUACCAGCGACAGUCCUGCAAUGAAUGGCUCGUGCAUCUCGUUCACUGCAGCUCUGGAGUUUCCACCAUGUCAGAAGGAGGACAGCAGUGGCAACCUAGUGUAUGAUGAGCACUGUGGGGACGGUAUGAUGGAGGCCUCAGCCAAUGGACAUGUGCGCUCAGGAUACGUGUUUAACUGGACAUCCUGGUUGGAUGACUAUGGAUUUGGGAAGUGUACAGAUCUGAAGAGGUGCAAUGUUUUCCCUGAUGGAAAGCCUUUUCCUCAGACUAAUGACUGGAGACGUAGAGGUUAUGUGUAUGUGUGGCACACCAUGGGCCAGUAUUUUGAGACAUGUGAUGGCUCCUCCUCCCAUCUCACCCUGAACACCACUAACAUGACAUUUGGAGCAGGUGUGAUGGAGGUGAUGGUGUACCGUAAACGGGAGCGCAGGAAGUACACCCCACUCUCUACAGACACUACCGUAUUCUUCAUAACAGAUAAGAUACCGCUCUCUGUGAACAUUUCCCAGAAGCAUGCAGCCAGCAUAGCUGACAAAAAUGUCUUUGUCAGAGGGUCAAAUGUGAUUUUCAACGUCCAGAUCCAUGACCCAAGUAACUAUCUGAAGACAGCAGAUGCAGUGGACUUCAUUUGGGACUUUCGGGAUGGCAACCAGUUGGUCACCCACAGCAAUGUUGCAACCCAUGCAUACAACAUCCUUGGAAAUGUUACAGUCAAGCUCCUCGUGGAGGCAUCAUUCCGUGUGCCCUGCCCACCACCGACUCCAACACCAAUGCACUUUACUCAGGCUCAUACGACAGCAAUGCCUACGCUACCGCCUGGCACUCAUGCAUUCACUAGCAAAAUGGAGACAACUAAGGCUCCUGUCAUCACCAGUCCUUCUCCAACUACCACUCCUCGAGUCUCUACAACUGCUGCCCCAACAACCGAACCACUCCAAACUGAUUCAGAGGUGACGUCUAUAACAGCAACUGCUGUACCUGAGGUCAGUUCGACCUAUAACAAGCCCACCUCACCGCCGAUGAUCAGAAAAACACACUUCAAGGAGUCAGACUGUUUCCGCCAUAUGUAUGGCUCUUUUGAAGGCGAGAUCAUCAUCAUUGAACCUCCUCCAGCUCUGCAGGACCUGCCAGCCAAUCAGAUUUUAAAGGUGUCAGCUGACAAAGUGACCAACACAUCUGUAAACUUCAUGGUGACUUGCUCCGGCAGUGUUCCCUCAGUGGCCUGCACCAUAGUGACCAACUCCGCCUGUCGGGAGGUCAAGAAUAUCGUGUGUGAGGACGUGGCUCCUUACGGUGAAGGAUGCAAGAUCAGUUUGACGCGCAUUUUCCAAACGCCGGGCAAUUACUGUGUUAACAUCACAUUGGGUCUGCCUGGAGGCUUGGCUCUUGCCACCACUACCUCAGUUAAAAUUGGCAACAGCCCUGACACAAACUCUCCUAAAUCCUCCCAUGUAGCUGAGGUGGUUCUGUCUUCCAGCGCUGUGCUUAUUUCCAUCUUUGCAUUCAUUGCCGUCAUGGUGUACAAGCGAUAUAAGGUGUAUCGUCCAGUGAGACGCUCUGUGUUGGAUGAUGCUGAGAGAGAUGCUGGUAACUGGAGUUUAAGCAAACUAAGAGUAGCUCUGUUCUCUGCUGAUGAGGAGAGAAGCCAUUUAUUGACAGAGAGGCCGCUAUAGACUGAUCUGGGUUGUUGCAGCAAUCAGUUGCUAUUUAUUCGAUAUGAGUUUGGCUGUAGUUUAUCUGAGACAAUAACAGAAGUGAUCUCAUAGAUUAGAUAACAUUGGUAUCUUCUCAUCAGUUUAGCUAGAAUAAAUAAUCAUAGCAUUUUAGUUAUAGUGUAUGCAAGCUUUAAAGAUUUUUAAUGGAAGAUUUGGGAUGAAUGAGCCCAGAUAUGCCAGAUUUACAGGGGUUUCCGUCAUCUAAAAUGACUAAAACAACUAAUAACUGACCAAAUGUGUCCCAUGCGGAAGCGAUCAUAAUUAGUUUUUCCCCAAACCAAAACAACUAAAAUAUAAUUUGGGAUUUAAAGCAUUUUUCUAAUGAUGCUUUUGGCAUUUCAUUUGACAUGUUUAUAUGGAAUGUUCCUUAAUUUGCAAACAGGAUUAGAAAAUAGAGUAAGUUGUUGUAUGUUUUGUAAUGUUCUGAGAAUGUAUACAUUGUUUUGAACAUGGUUAAACAUUUUAAAUGUCUGGGGACUGAAUUCAAUGCAAUUUUUUUUUUUUUUUUUUUUUAAGAAAAAGACUAGUUUGAUGGUAAUUUAGCUGUCAUUUCAUAAGAAAUCACUUUACUAACAAGUUCCUUUUAUAAAGCAUGAAUCAAGCAACGUGGGAAAUUUGUUACUGAUCACAUAUACAAUGCAGGUAUAUGCUUAUGUAUUUAAAAUGAACAUUUGACAGCAAUUUUCAAAAAUAUUUAUCUCCUCUUAUGAUUAAAAGUGUAUCCACUUCUAUAACUGCUAUAUAUACAAAAAUAUUCUAAUAAAAUUUCUAAACCACUUGCUAA